UCCGAUAACGGGGUAACGACAUUAACAAUAAAAUAUUUUAGUUUUUGGCGUCUUACAAAAUGGAAAUUAAAAACGCCGUUUGGAUAUGUAAAGUUUGUGUGCCAAUCGUUCUUUGUGGAUAUAUCUGUGGUACAGUUCUAACACUCGUGUGGUAUGAAAGGCAUCCGUCCCUGAGAUUGCAAGACCUCAAUCCUCGAUGGCUGACAAUUGUAAGCCUGACGUUGCUCUUUAUUCUUCUCUUUUAUGGCCGUCCAGUCAGGUGCAUACUGACUCUGGCUAUUCCUUCGUUAUGCAGCUCCCGCGGACGCGCUUGUCUUAUAGCCCUGGCGUUCCUUCUGGCUGCCAUUGGGCCGACUGCCAAUAUCCUUGCAAACCUGAAAGUGAUGCUGCGCAGCCUGGCCUGCGGACAAGAGCUGUUGCGACAGGAACUUGGCCAAAUGAUGGAUGUAUUAAUAGAACCAGUGAAAUCCAUUAAAAUUGCCAUAGAUUUAAUGUUGGACGAGAUUCGUCAAGCUCUCAGUCAAGUAAUGGAGCCUCUACUGCGUAUCCAAGACUAUCUUAUCAUCAUCAUUUCAAUCCUCAAGAACUGUCUGGCCUGGCUAAAAUCCAUUGUGGAUAUGUGCAAUGAAGAGUUGGGCACACCGUGGGGACGUUGCAAGCGGGCUGCCCUUCGUGCCAUGACCCGGUGUCAGACCAAGUUGGGAAUCUUCAAGCCACUUUGCCACGCUACCAAACUGUUUCUGGCCCUCUGCUAUCCCGCAAAGAUCAUAGAUGUAUUUUGCAGUGGCUUUUGGGAUGUGAACUGGGAGAUGCUGGAUAAGGUCAUGGAGCAGUACCAUGAUUUUUUGGGUCAUAUCAAGGAAAUGUUUGAUGACAAAAUCACAUUUGAACACGACUUCUAUUUCAUCACAAACUCCUCGAAGGAUCUUUUAAAGGUGGGUGAAGAAAUCGUACAGGAUAUCUGUUCGGUCAAACUCCUUUAAGGAACAAGUAUUCAAAUGACCCUCGUAAAAUAGAAAGCCUACGCUCACUUUUUGUAUUUACUUACCAUAAUUGUACUAAAUUCACCACUGUAUUCUCUCUCUUAUGCCCAGUACUCAAGCACUAAGAUUUGUAAUAAAUAGUCAUUCCCUAAUACUCA